AUGGAAUCUGGAUUUAAUGAUACUGAAGAUUUAAUUGAGCCUAUUACUUAUAUCUGUGGAGAAUGUGGACACGAUGUAGCUUUACAACCUACUUCAGCUGUUAGGUGUAGAAAUUGCGGAUCGAGAAUUUUAUACAAAAAACGAUCUUAUAGAGAGUUAAAGACCCUUGCCGAAGUCUUAUACUCAACGCCAGAGUCUAAAUUAUUGGAUGUAUAUUCUAAAUUUGAGCACUUUAAAACCAAAUUAAACUCAUUGUUAUCUUCCAUAGCCCGGUACAGGAUCCAACUACAAGCUUCUGAAGACAAUGCAAUUUUCGGUCCUAAAACCUUGAAAAUCGUUCAGUCCGUUGUAUCAGAUUAUGACAAGCUUUACGAAAUUUACCAAGAGAAUUUAUUUGAGGUUUUCUCUCCACUAGAACACAUUUGGAAUGAGGGGUUGAACGGAUCAAAAGAUGAAUCUGAUAAUACAGAAAAGGAUGACGUAAAGUCAAUUAAUCAAGAGACCAAAUCUCAAUUAAAUCAAAUUGAAGAAUAUAAAAAGAAGUUGAAAGACAAUAUAAAGGAAUUUGAGCAAGUCGAUUUUGAGAGGAUUCGAAAUGAAGAGACUGAGCUGAGUGGCCUUUUGAACAAAGUUUUAAAAAUAUACAGAGAGGAUCCAUGCGACAAUCUCGAGACGAUACUCUGUGAUAUCUGUGAAGCUCAUCCAGACGAGUUUCUAAAGAUAGUUGAGAACGUGGCAAAUCUGGUAAAGGAGAUCUCUAGGAGGCCGGAUGAGCUCAGUCUGAGGGUUCUGAGACUAAAUAACGAAAAGUUACGAGAAGACUUUCUAUCGCACCAUAAUUCUGUGAAACUAUUAAAGUUUGCUGGGUUCAAAAUUGCAACGACUUCAGAUAUACAACAAACUCUAUCAAAUUGUCUAAAUACUAAUAUUCUUUUAGUGAAUAUGAAAUUUGAUGAAGAAUACUUUUUAUAUCUCCACGAACCUGAUAUGUUCACAAUAUAUAAUAAGUGGAGGGCUUGGCUGGAUAAUCUAAACUAUAUUUCCGAUAGUUUGACUAAUUUUAAUACUGCAAUGUCGAAAAAAAAUUCAAAAACUGCUGUAAAAAAGCGCAUAAAUAUUAUUAAAACUGAGUUUAUGAUAAAUAAUAAAAAAAAGGAGCUCAGAAGGGAGUUAAAAAAAUUACAAAACCAUGUUAAAUCGCAGUUUUUAAAAUUAACCAUCAAUUCGGAUACAGAUAAUGUUAAGGAUGGAAUCCCUGAAAUUGACAUCACCAAGACCAAGCCGAAGAACAGGGGAACUAAUUUUUCAAGAUCAUUUGAUUCCUCAAGGCCUCUGAGGGCACGGGAUAAAAAAAUUAUACAAGCCUCUUUGAAACGGAAGCGCAAAUUAACGAUGCAACUCAACUAA